CUGACUCAGCUCAACAGUCUCCAGCCUACCAACUGGUCUCUGUAAUAACUAUUUAAAUCAGUCUGUCCUGACUCAGCUCAACAGUCUCCAGUCUACCAACUGGUCUCUGUAACUUCAUCUUUGUCUCUGUGGUGUACAGUCUUCAGGUGAUGAUGGGGGUAUUGAGUCAUCUCUCCACUCUCCUCCUCCUCUCUCUCCUUCCUCCUGCUCUCUCUCAUGUAGUGGAGAAGUUCAGCGAAGUUCCACAGUGCAAGACAUUCUUCCUGGAGGGGACAACUCCAAAUCUCCCAGGUAUUUUGGUUGGUGGGACAGUCCAGAACCAGAACCGCUACAAGCCGAUUUGCCAGAAGUACAACAACAUCUACAGGUUUGCAACUCUCUACGACACGACCAACAGGAUCCCUGUGUUCUCAGCCUACACCUUCUCUGGUAAGGUAGUUGGUAGACCAAAUCAGUCCUGGAUGAUCGAGCCCCAGCUUGAAAAUAUAAAGGACCAAAGUGACAUGAAGGUGGAUAAUAAAGCUGUCAAACACCAGGCUGUGGACACAGACUACAGAAAUAACAACCGGGGUCUGGACAGAGGUCACCUGUUCCCGUGUUCGUACGCACCUGAUGAUGCUCCCAAGAGGUCCACUUUCACCCUGACGAACGCCGUUCCCCAGGCAAGUUCCUUCAACCGAGGCAGCUGGAGGUCAAUGGAGUGCAGAGUCAGAAAAGCUCUUGAGCUUAACUGUAAGGAUAACAACAACAAGAUAAAAGCCUAUGUGUUGACUGGAGCAGUGCCCAGCAAGAACAACAAACUGAACAACAGAGUGAACAUCCCAGAUCUCAUGUGGACAGCCUACUGCUGUUACAACAGCAACCUGAGAAAGUGGGUGGCCCAAGCACACUGGGGUGAGAACCAACAGGAAGACAAGGGGAAAACAUUGAAACCGGAAACCUUGGGAGCACUCGAAAAGGAGUUGAACAAAGUCUACAAUGUCGGAGUCGAGGUGUUUCACAAUAAUUGUCCAAGAAACGUUGUAUUAGUGGACGAGACAGGGAGGAACUUAGAGGCUGUGGAAGAGGUUGAGCCGGGGAAAAAGAGGGUCAGGGAAGGGAGUGGAGAGGGGAACGGAGAGGGGAACAUAAAGAUGGCGAGAGCAUCAGGGGAGUUAAAGGAUUGUGAUGACGAGGAUGGAUGUGAUUGUGACUGUGAUGAAAAGUGAUGAGUUUUGUCCAGUGGUAAUUCCCACAACUAUUCAGUACACAUUCCCUAAGUUAUAAGGGUUAUAAUGGUUUAAUGGUUAUAAGGGUUAAGUUAUAAUGGCUAUAAGGGUUUAAUGGUUAUAAGGGUUUCAUGGUUAUAAGGGUUUAAUGGUUAUAAGUGUGUAAUGGUUAUAAGGGUUAUAAAGGUUAUAAGGGUUAUAAAGGUUAUAAGUGUUUAAUGGUUAUAAUGGUUAUAAGUGUUUAAUGGUUAUAAUGGUUAUAAGGGUUUAAUGGUUAUAAGGGUUAUACGUGUUUAAUGGUUAUAAUGGUUAUAAGGGUUAUAAGGGUUGUGGCAAAAGGCAAAAAACAUCGGACCCCUCCCUCAGUGGCCAGUCCAGUUCCAGGGCCACAUUCAUGGACUCUAAGGCCAUCUGUUGACUGGGGGAUAAAAUAAGAAAUUGCCACAACAGCAGGUGACCAGCAGAGGGAGCCAAAGGCAUGUGAAAUACAAGUACUGAGAAUUAAACAAGAACCAACCUAUAGGAAGACUGAAGAGGCGUGUUACCAAGACGACGCCCCAACGGAAGAUUACCUAUGGGCAUCAGUGCUAGAGGACCUAACUUUGGACUAAGUGCUACCAUACGUAAUAAAAUGGCACUCUGUGUUGAGAUAGAUUGCACUCCCGAACAUCUUUCCCCAAACUGAGUGUCUAGAAGAGGUAUAAAAGGAGGAGAGAUCAGUGCUUAGGCAUGAUCCUCUACCCAUAUGAUUUGGACAUCAUAGAGAAUCAUCAGACCAGGUAAAUUACUUUUACUAUACUCUGUUUGUAUUGACUACUUUGAUCUCAAGGCGCGAGCAUACUAUAGACUGGUAUUUCUUAAAGAAUUGUGUUCUACUACGCAUCUCGAUAAAAAGAAUAAGUGAACAAGAUUGUGCACGAGAGAACUUCGCCCCUCAACAAUGCGAGGUGUGGAGAACUCUUGAAAGCAACAACGUUCCAUCUUUGGUGCGUCAGUAACGGACAGUUCGGCAAGAGUGAAAAAGCCCAGGAAUAGUUAAAGCCUCGUAGCAGCCAAGAGUCGAUAAGAAGGAAUCAAUAUCUAAACAGUAGGCAGUAAAAACCAUAGGAAAUUCGGACUAAAUAAGAAGAUUAUAGUCAUAUAAACAGCAGAGGGCUGCUAAAAUAUUAGUACUCUUAUAGAGACCAGUUUCGGGAAGGACCAAGGGAAUAGAGCUUCAAGGUAAAUAUAUGGCUGUUUGCUUUGCUUAAAGAGUCAUAAAGAAGUGUGUUGAACUUUUAAAAAUAUUACGUGGCAUAGUAUAGCAUAGCACAUAGCAUAGCACAUAGCAUAGUACAUAGUAUAGCACAUAGUAUAGUACAUAGCAUAGCACAUAGCAUAGCACAUAGCAAAGCACAUAGUAUAGCACAUAGCAUAGCACAUAGUAUAGCACAUAGCAUAGCACAUAGUAUAGCACAUAGUAUAGCACAUAGCAUAGCACAUAGUAUAGCACAUAGUAUAGCUCAUAGUAUAGCACAUAGCAUAGCACAUAGUAUAGUACAUAGUAUAGCACAUAGUAUAGCACAUAGUAUAGCACAUAGUAUAGCACAUAGCAUAGCACAUAGCAUAGCACAUAGUAUAGCACAUAGUAUAGUACAUAGUAUAGCACAUAGUAUAGCACAUAGCAUAGCACAUAGUAUAGCACAUAGUAUAGCACAUAGUAUAGCACAUAGCAUAGCACAUAGUAUAGCACAUAGCAUAGCACAUAGUAUAGCACAUAGUAUAGCGCAUAGCGCAUAGCAUAGCGCAUAGCAUAGCACAUAGUAUAGUACAUAGUAUAGCGCAUAGCAUAGCACAUAGUAUAGUGCAUAGCAUAGCGCAUAGCAUAGCGCAUUAAGGAUUGAUUGAGCAUUAUUGAUGUAUUGGGAAACUGUAGAACCAUUGAAUUGUAAUAACGUGUAUAAAGACCGAAAACAGAGUGACUUAAUAAAAGCUUGAAACUUUGACAACUAGGCCAGAUUAACGAUCUGGAGAGCAAACGCCUCUGACACUCUCACGGAACAGAAAGUGACCCUGGUUAUAGGUUAAAGUGAUUGCACUAAAGAAUA